AUGGAGACCCUGCUUGGUGGCCUGCUGGCGUUUGGCAUGGCGUUUGCCGUGGUCGACGCCUGCCCCAAGUACUGUGUCUGCCAGAACCUGUCUGAGUCACUGGGGACCCUCUGCCCUUCCAAGGGGUUGCUCUUCGUGCCCCCUGACAUUGACCGGCGGACGGUGGAGCUGCGUCUGGGUGGCAACUUCAUCAUCCACAUCGGCCGCCAGGACUUCGCCAACAUGACGGGGCUGGUGGACCUGACCCUGUCCAGGAACACCAUCAGCCACAUCCAGCCCUUCUCCUUCCUGGACCUCGAGAGCCUCCGCUCCCUGCACCUGGACAGCAACCGGCUGCCCAGCCUCGGGGAGGACACCCUGCGGGGCCUGGUCAACCUGCAGCACCUCAUUGUCAACAACAACCAGCUGGGCGGCAUCGCCGACGAGGCCUUCGAGGACUUCCUGCUGACACUGGAGGACCUGGACCUCUCCUACAACAACCUGCACGGCCUGCCUUGGGGCUCCGUGCGGCGCAUGGUCAACCUGCACCAGCUGAGCCUGGACCACAACCUGCUGGACCACAUUGCCGAGGGGACAUUCGCCGACCUGCAGAAACUGGCUCGCCUCGACCUCACCUCCAACCGGCUGCAAAAGUUGCCCCCGGACCCCAUCUUCGCCCGCUCCCAAGCCUCCGCCCUGACUGCCACGCCUUUUGCUCCACCCUUGUCCUUUAGUUUUGGGGGGAACCCGCUGCACUGCAACUGUGAGCUGCUCUGGCUGCGGCGGCUCCAGCGGGACGACGACCUGGAGACCUGCGGCUCCCCCGGCGGCCUCAAGGGCCGCUACUUCUGGCACGUGCGAGAGGAGGAGUUUGUGUGCGAGCCGCCUCUCAUCACCCAGCACACGCACAGGCUGCUGGUUCUGGAGGGCCAGGCGGCCACGCUCAAGUGCAAGGCCAUCGGGGACCCCGGCCCCCUCAUCCACUGGGUGGCCCCUGACGACCGCCUGGUGGGGAACUCCUCAAGGACCGCCGUGUACGACAACGGCACCCUGGACAUCCUCAUCACCACGUCCCAGGACAGCGGCGCCUUCACCUGCAUCGCCGCCAACGCCGCCGGGGAGGCCACGGCCAUGGUGGAGGUGUCCAUCGUCCAGCUGCCGCAUGUCAGCAAUAGCACCAGCCGCACGGCGCCCCCCAAGUCCCGCCUCUCGGACAUCACUGGCUCCAGCAAGACCAGCCGGGGAGGGGGAGGCAGUGGGGGCGGGGAGCCUCCCAAAAGCCCCCCGGAGCGGGCUGUGCUGGUGUCUGAUGUGACUACCACCUCGGCCCUGGUCAAGUGGUCGGUCAGCAAGUCGGCGCCCCGCGUGAAGAUGUACCAGCUGCAGUACAACUGCUCCGACGAUGAGGUACUGAUUUACAGGAUGAUCCCAGCCUCCAACAAGGCCUUCGUGGUCAACAACCUGGUGUCAGGAACCGGCUACGACCUGUGCGUGCUGGCCAUGUGGGACGACACGGCCACGACGCUCACAGCCACCAACAUCGUGGGCUGCGCCCAGUUCUUCACCAAGGCUGACUACCCACAGUGCCAGUCGAUGCACAGCCAGAUCCUGGGUGGCACCAUGAUCCUGGUCAUCGGCGGCAUCAUCGUGGCCACACUCCUGGUCUUCAUCGUCAUCCUCAUGGUGCGCUACAAGGUCUGCAACCAGGAGGCCCCGGGCAAGCUGGCAGCUGCUGCGGUCAGCAACGUGCACUCGCAGACCAACGGGGCCCCGCCGCCCCCUCUGGCCAGCGCGCCCAGCGGGGCGCCGGUGCCGGGGCCACCCAAGGUGGUGGUGCGCAACGAGCUCGUGCACUUCAGUGCCAGCCUGGCCCGAGGCAGCGACUCCUCUUCCUCCAGCUCCCUGGGCAGCGGGGAGGCUGCAGGGUUGGGACGGGGUCCCUGGAGGCUCCCCCCGCCUGCUCCCCGCCCCAAGCCCAACCUUGACCGCCUGAUGGGGGCCUUUGCCUCCCUGGACCUCAAGAGUCAGAGAAAGGAGGAGCUGCUGGACUCCAGGACUCCGGGCGGGAGAGGGUCUGGGACAUCGGCCAGGGGCCACCACUCGGACCGAGAGCCGCUGCUGGGGCCGCCUGCGGCCCGGGCCAGGAGCCUGCUCCCCUUGCCCCUGGAGGGCAAGGCUAAGCGCAGCCACUCCUUCGACAUGGGGGACUUUGCCGCUGCGGCUGCGGCAGCCGGAGGGGUCGCCCCUGGUGGCUACAGCCCCCCUCGGAGGGUCUCGAACAUCUGGACAAAGCGCAGCCUCUCUGUCAACGGCAUGCUCUUGCCCUUUGAGGAGAGUGACCUGGUGGGGGCCCGGGGAACAUUUGGCAGCUCCGAGUGGGUGAUGGAGAGCACGGUGUAG